CUCCUAUUUUGGGGGUGCAAAAGUCUGCAUUCUUUCAUUGUUUUGCCAAAUAUAGUGUGUUCUCUGCUCAGUUAAGACCUAGCUAUUGAGAUGGUACGAUUGAAUAAAGAAGAAGCAUGAUGUUCUGCUAUUUGAAAUGUUAUGUCUGCUAAACUUGAGCUGAUCGUUGAAACAGAGAUUGGGCUAGGAUUGACAGGAUUCGGAGUGUUUUUCUCAUUCUUGGGUAUCAUAUUGUUCUUUGACAAGGGACUAAUUGCCUUGGGAAAUAUCCUCUUCUUCUCAGGGGUGGCGCUGACCAUCGGUCUCAAGUCAUCACUGCAGUUCUUUAUGAAACGUAGUAAUUACAAGGGAACAAUAUCAUUUGGAGCUGGCUUUUUCUUCGUUAUCAUUGGUUGGCCUAAACUGGGAAUGAUUCUUGAGGCAUAUGGAUUUGUUGUACUCUUCAGUGGUUUCUGGCCAACAUUGGCAGUUUUUCUGCAGAAGCUACCUAUUCUAGGUUGGAUCUUCCAGCAGCCCUUUGUCAGAUCGUUCUUUGACCGCUACCGUGGAAAACGAGUCCCUGUAUAGUGUCAUUUGAAAGAUUCGAAGGAAAUGGCAUUGGUCAGCCCACUUGUUCGAAUUGUAAAGUUUGUUGUAAGAUUUACAUUUAGAAGGAUGAUGAUAGUAAUAGUAGUUUGUUCCCAGUUACUAUAUGGUAUGGGCUUUCCUAUGCCUAUUGCAGUUCAUUUUUUGUUUUUUAUUUGUGUGUGUGUGUGUGAGAGAGAGAGAGAGACUACAAGCAAUCAGGAUUUGAAAUAAAAUCCUGGUUACUAGUAUAACACUUCUGUUCAAUUAAUUGAAGGCUAAAACACACGAUCGAUUUAGAAAUAUGACUAAUUUCAUCUUAUGAAAAAAUGAACCAGUAUAUAAUUCUAAAUGGAUCAAGAUUCAAGGGAUAGAAU